UUUACUGAAACAACAAAAAAAUACAACAUUUUGAUAUUUGUCAAAGAUUAUUUCAAGGCUUUUAUCAAUUGCUUAGCUGUCACUGAGCGGUGGCGAAAGCGCUUUGGAGCGCUUUUUUUACGACGCAUACACUCUCUUCGCUGCGGCUCUACCGCGAGUCUGUUGAAUUAUUGCGACUGCGAAUCUUCGCACAGUUGCUGUCGUCGUGUUCGGUGUCAAAGUCAGAAACGGUCUUGACUUGGCGCACUGCCACAACAAGGGAAUUGAAGAUUACUUCAUUACUUUGUGAUUUUAUAACUUUAAAUUCAUAUACCUGACGGCUUUGUGAAAUAAUGGGUAUGAUUCAAAUGCAUAAAAGCAGCGGCAACGGUACACAAUUGCUUUGUGCGAGUGCUUUGUCGAACUGAACACAAAAAAAAACAAAUAAAAAACUGCGACCACAAACAAAAAAAGGCCAACUGGGUACUCGAAGAAGUCGAAGAAGGUGACGAAGGCAACAGCAAACAUACACACUUAUACACUCGCGUGCAAAUGCAGAAUAUUGAAUUGCAGCUAAAUUUAUAAAAUCUCAAUUAUCAGCUGUGCGACAUCCAACGAAUAAGGCCACACAAAAGUCACAUACAAAUGCCUAAAUUGAAUUGAAUAAAAUAGCGUACCGGGCCUUCUACUUGGACGUAGACGGCGGACAAUACGCAGGCAAGCAAGCAGGCGAGCAGGAAACGGGAACUUAGUGCAUUGACAAACCACUACGACAAGAUACCAAAAUAAACGAGCAAAGAGAAUAUCACGAAUCGCCACACAUACAUACAUACACAUAAAUACGCAUAUAUUCACAAUAUUUAUUUUCUAACUUCAACAUUUGCUUUUGCGUUGAGUUUUUGUGAAACGCGCGAAUAAAUAUACGAUUAUUUUAUAACUUGCCGUGAAACAAGUUGGUUGUUGCGGGCUGCGGGUGCGGGCUGAACAAGAAGCGGAUAUAUGCGCAAAACAAAAGACAUAAAAUAAACAAGAAAAACAACAUUGCAAACACCUGCGAGCGACAUGCCAAAAUCACCAAAUAUUUUUAAGCCGCUGUGGCUGUUCCAACACAGGCAGCUAUUCUGCAUCUUCGUCUUUUUCACUUUGUGUUGUGCUACACUAACUUUGGCGGACUUGGAGCUGCCAACAACACUACAACAAAGCGACGAGCAACUGCAGCUACGUGAAAUUACCAAGCCAUCUGCUUUGAAGGGAAAAUUAAUAUUCUCGCAUGUGCUCUUCCGACACGGCGACCGCACGCCAAUCGAACCAUACCCAACGGAUCCGUGGAAGAAUCGCGAGUACUGGCCGGUCGGCUGGGGCGAACUCACAAAUACCGGAAAAUACCAGCACUACCAGCUUGGCAAAUGGUUACGCCAACGCUAUAACACGCUAUUGAAUGAAACCUACUCCGAGAAUGAGAUUUAUGUGCGCUCAACCGAUGUUGAUCGUACGCUGGCAAGUGCGUUGUCGAAUUUAGCCGGACUGUAUCCUCCGAUAGGCGAUGAGAUUUGGAACAAAGAUAUAGCUUGGCAACCGAUACCGGUGCAUUCCAAACCCGAAAGGGACGAUAAGGAGUUGGCUGGUAAAGUGCCUUGUGCCGCCUACGAUUAUGCGCGCUCAGCACUUUUGAAUUCGAUUACCUUCCAAGAGCUAAAUCAACGCUAUCAAUAUUUAUUUGACUACUUGACCAAAUAUUCGGGUCGCAAAGUGGAUACAUUGGAGGCUAUACAACGCAUGAAUAAUACAUUUUUCAUUGAGACACUCUACAAUCGUACGUUGCCCGAAUGGACCAAGAAGGUAUACCCCAGCGCCGAUAUGACCUACAUAGCCGAUUUUGCAUUUUCAAUCAACACGUAUACGCGCCGCAUGGCACGUUUAAAGGCCGGACCGCUGAUAAAAGAGAUGCUACAACGCUUCGGGGAGAAGGCGCGCGGUUCACUCAAGCCCGAUCGUGCAGUGUGGAUUUAUAGCGCACACGACACGACAGUGGCGAACGUUUUGAACACACUCAAAUUGUAUGAUAUGAAAAGCCCCGGUUAUACCGCUUGUUUACUAUUCGAAUUGCGUAUUGAUGAGCAUAAUCAACCUUUUGUGUCAAUAUUCUACAAAAACACGUCGGCUGAGCCCACACUACUGAAUAUACCCGAUUGUGGCGUCUCAUGUCCACUGGAACAAAUGCACACAAUUUAUAAAGAUAUUUUGCCGGUAGAUUGGGAGAAAGAAUGCAGACUAAGCACUAUGAUGAUGCCCUACGAUGAGGCUAAUAUAGGCAUGGCUAUGGGUAUUUUUCUAAUCACAGCCAUAUUGGGUUCAGUUAUCUGCUUUAUGCUACUGCUCUCCUACAUAUUCAUGCUGUACUAUCGCCGCCGCCGAUAUAGCUCCUAUUCGUAUGCACAAAUGGCCUAAUUGUGAAUAAGUGAUAUACAUAUAUGUAACGCUUUAGUUCUGCCCAACAACAUGCAACAACCAACCAGCUCCAAAGUGAAUGAGCACAAAUUGUAAUGUUCCUCUGAGUAUCAAUAACUCUAAAACAUAUAUAGUAUGUGCGAGUAUAACCUGCAUUUGAUUUUAUUAUUUGACAAAUUUGAUAUUUAGCAAUUGAAUUGCAUUUGCACAUGUAUGUUAUCUGUUAUAUGUGUGUAUGUAUAUAAAUUUAUCAAUUGUGAUUCGCAUUUCUAGCUGAUAGUUUUUGCUCUGAUAAGAAAUUAAUGCAUUUUAAAUUAAAUAAUUAAAUAAACUUGUACCUACCUAAAUACCUAUACACACAUACAUGUAUAUAAACUCGAUUAUGUGCCAGUCAUGGGUCUGUUCGUUAACCUUAUUGUUUUAAUAAAUAUUUUUUGAACAUUAAUAGAAAUGUAUGAAACUAUUACUGGAGACAUAUUUAAACAGACGAAUAGUUUAUCCUAUAUUUUGUAUACACACAUAUAUAUUUUAAAAAUACCGUAAUUCUUUGCUGGUUAACUGUCCAACGAGCAGACUGUCAUAUACAUAAUAUACUCUUAAGGUUCUUUAGUUAGUUAGAAUGCUGCUCACUUAUCACAUGCGAGUACAUAUUUACUAAUACAGACAAAUGUCACACAUGUAAAUUACUACUAUAAAACAACUUAAAAUAUUAUGUUAGUCCUUUAGUUAUUCACUUUCAUCGAAAUCCUGUGUAAUUGUCAUUUUAUCUUUUUUUUGUUAGUUCCCUAAAUUUUGUGUUCUUGUUAUUGCCAUCCUUAUCCAUUUACAUACCCAGCCACACUGUACGUAAAUAUAUAAGGGAUUUGCAUCAAAUAAAAAAA